UUCUGGAAGCUCUGGGGUUGGGGUGUUCAUCCCUGCAGCUGUGCUUCCAGAGUGCUCUGUGCGUUUCCACAAUCAACAAACAAAGAAUAAAUCUCUGUUCUGGAGACUCGGAAGUCCAAGAUCAAGGCACUGUCAUCUGGUACCUGAUGAGAGACUCCUUCCUAAUGUUACAUAGUUGCAGUUAUAUAGAGUUCGUGUCCUUUGAGGAGGUAGCCGUGCACUUCACCUGGGAGGAGUGGCAGGACCGGGAUGAUGCACAGAGGACUCUAUACAGGGAUGUGAUGCUGGAGACCUACAGCAGCCUGGUGUCACUGGGCCGUUGCGUUUCCAAACCUGAGGUGAUCUUCAAGUUGGAGCAAGGAUCAGAGCCAUGGCUAGGAGAAGAAUGGGCAAACCAGUGCCUCUCAGAUGUCCAGACAGUUGACAUAAUUGAAAGAAGCCAGGAAAUUCAUCAUAGACAUAUAUGGCAAGUUGCAAUCACCAGCAGCAAAACAUCAACCAAGGAAACAGUUGAAUUAGGAAAAAUACUUAAUUUGAGCUUAAACCAUAUUCCAAAUAUGAUGGUAAAUAACACAAGCUAUUCAGGAAAGAGGCCUGAGGAGUUAAAUGUAAGUCAGAACAUAUGUAUCUCGAUUGAGCCUCAUGAAAUGCAGACAGGAGGAAAACCUGAUGUUCAAAGUAUAACUGGGUAAUCUCUCACAUGUCAUGAGUAUUUUAGUCACCAUAACA